GCCCCGGUACCGACACACAGAGCAGGCAUUCAUACUCGGGCAGCGCGAGCGAGGGGGCUGGGGAGCGAGCGUCACUUUGGAAACUCGGGAACUCACGGAUUCUCGUGCUUAACCGGCGACCUCCUUUUCUCAUUACUGAAGUCUUUGCGGUUGGAUUUCGAUCACGGGACACACGGAGGAGAGAGAGAAGGGGAAGUCAGGAGGGAAGUGAGACCGGGUGAGUUUGGCGCAUACAUCUGUGCAUUAGCAGGUAAACUGGGGUCCAAGGUGCGCACUGAGCCGCCUAUGAUACCAACAACGCGGAUGGAAAGAACUUUAAUGUGGAACCCUCACAGAGUUUUGCAACGGAGGCUGAGAGUAGAGACAGACUGGCAGUUUAUAUUAUAACUUAGAGGAAGCCAGAGGGACAGAACAGCCGACACUCCGUGCAUCACUGUAGGGCUAAAGAGCGACAGGGACCCGACAGGUAGAGCUGAGCGUUUAAGGACAGGCCUUGCAUCCUCUGCGCACCUGGAGGUUUGUGUGUGUGUAGGAAGAUGUCCAGAGAGGAGCAGAGCUUAUCGGAGGUUGAGCUCAGUCCCGGGAUGUCGGACGACAGCCGCUCCCUGUCUCCGGGUCACUCCUCCGGCGCGACGGGCGGAGGGGACUCGCCUCUCCACGGGCAGCAGCAGCCGCAGCUGGUGGGUCUGGACGACGUGUCCGCGGGCUGCUCUUCCGUCAGAUCCGACGACGAGGAUGAGCGAUUCCCCGCGGGGAUCCGCGAGGCGGUGAGCCAGGUGCUCAACUGCUACGACUGGACCCUCGUGCCAAUGCCCGUGCGCGUGAACACCGGAGGCAAGAACAAGCCGCACGUGAAGAGGCCCAUGAACGCCUUCAUGGUGUGGGCGCAGGCGGCGCGGAGGAAACUGGCCGAUCAGCAUCCACACCUGCACAACGCCGAGCUCAGCAAGACCCUGGGGAAGCUGUGGAGACUUCUCAAUGAAAGCGACAAGCGACCCUUCAUUGAGGAAGCAGAGAGGCUGAGGAAGCAGCACAAGAAAGACUAUCCCGACUACAAAUACCAGCCCAGACGCCGCAAGAAUGGAAAGCUUGGUUCCGGGUCAGGAAGUGAGGCCGAUGGCCAUUUCGAGGGUGAGGUCAGCCACAGCCAGUCUCACUACAAGGGCCUCCACCUGGAAGUGGCCCACAGUGGGGGAGCCGGGUCCCCUCUGGCAGAUGGGCACCACCCUCAUGCUGCAGGUCAGAGCCACAGUCCUCCCACACCUCCCACCACUCCCAAGACAGAGCCUCAGUCUGGGAAGGCAGGGGAUGGAAAGAGGGAGGGUGCUGGGAACGGGGGCUCCCGUGGCACAAUGGGAGCAGAAGGAAGCUCAGGUGCUCCAGGAUCUGGGAAACCUCACAUUGACUUUUGUAAUGUGGACAUUGGAGAGAUGAGCCACGAGGUGAUGGCCAACAUGGAGCCUUUUGAUGUCAACGAGUUUGACCAGUAUCUUCCCCCGAAUGGACACCCGGGUGUUGGGCAGAACGCUGGGGGAGGAGCAGCUGCAACGACUUCUCCGGCCUCGCCGUACACCUAUGGCAUCUCCUCAGCUCUGGCAGCGGCCAGUGGACACUCAGCAGCCUGGCUCUCCAAGCAGCAGCCGCAGCCACAGCCGCAGCCGCAGCAACAUCAUGGCUCCCCUCUGGGCUCAGACCCAUCUAAGGCCCAGAUCAAGAGUGAGGCCGGAGGAGCUGGGGGUCACUUUGCAGAGGCAGUGUCAGCAGGUUCCCAUGUCACGUACACACCCCUCAGUCUUCCUCACUACAGCUCUGCCUUCCCUUCACUGGCCUCCAGGGCUCAGUUUGCUGAAUAUGCUGACCACCAGGCCUCGGGGUCGUACUACGCCCACUCUGGCCAGGCCUCUGGGUUGUACUCGGCCUUCUCUUACAUGGGACCCUCCCAGAGGCCCCUGUACACACCCAUCACUGACCCAGCCAGCGUACAGCAGUCGCACAGCCCCACACACUGGGAACAGCCCGUCUACACAACCCUGUCGCGGCCAUGACAGACAACGAGACCAGAAGGUUCUGGUGCAGGCUCGGCCCCCAUGUCAGACCCAAGGAGCAGCAGCAGCAACAUCCGCAGUGCUGGUGGUAUCAGAGGUCAAAGUGGUCUGGGCUGGGGGGAGUGGGCAGGCACCGGGGGAGGAGGCUGGGGAGGCAGGAGGGGUGAAACCCUGCUCUGCCCUCACCCAGAUACAGAAAUGCUGUCACAGCCCAAGGAUGAGCUUGGAGCGUGGUGCUUUUGAAGUGUGGUUGAUUAUUUGGCGCCCGCAGAGUAGUAGUCAGAGAGUGUGUUACUUUGAUGGUGCAUCCACCACAGCAGUCAGCAGUUCCAGGUUAGAUUCACAGCAGCAGUGCCACUGGCACUUCAAACAACACAUUUAGCAGUGUUCAUAGGUGGUAAAGGAUCAUGUCUUCAUUGGUUUGGUGACUCCCUGUGCAUCAGAGGAGGCACACUGCAGGCCGACAGUGGGGUCAGCAGCAACAGGGACCAUAGCACACAGUGAGAAUUAACAACAUCUAAAUCUGAAAUAUAAAACUUCAAGAUCAGAACAUUGACCUGUGUUAUGGAGGGUGUGACUGAGAGGGAGCCAGAUUCAUUCUUCAAUCCUAUAUGAAAUGUUUUUGUUGUACCGGGAGAGUGGAGUGCCAAAUCAUCUGGCUGUGGCCCAUUUAUUUCUCAGGCAAGAUCGACCUUUUAUGAAACAGAUGUUAGUUUUGUAUUGCUUAAGGAUAUGAACACAACAAACACUGAUAACAUUCAGUUGAUGUCUGAGGCACAUUUGCCCCUAUUUAAUUCAAAUGAUUGUGCUGUGUUCACUUCAGAUGCCUUUUAUACACACGACGAACAUGCAUGGAAGAAAAAUGCCAUAAAACCAUGUUGAGUUUUGUGAAGUGAAAUGUAUAUUUAGUCAAAAAAAAGGUGACUGACUAUUAUCAGAAUAGUUUAUAAAAUGUACUUGAAGUUACAAAUGUACAUGUAUUGAUGUGUACAGAUAUGAAAUAUUUGUAAUAUGACCAAAGUUUUGAGACCAAAACUUCAUACAUAGACAAGAAACUGAUUUUACAGAUGUUUCUCCCAACAUGACACUCAAAACUACCUUUACUUUAUGUAGCUAACUAGUUUUCUCUUAGCUGUCAACAAUUUUUUCAACUUGACAUAUUGCAAACUUUUUCAAAAUGUAUUGGUGUCAAAAGUUAAUGUUUUGUCACAGAGGCACUGAUGAGUGUGAUGAUUUUAGUUUAGUAGUUUCUGACAUAUUCAUGUAGAACAUUCAUGAUAAAAGACAAUUCUAUUUAUACUUGGAUAAUUUCUUUUCAUUGACCAUGGUUGCAAUGUGUCUUAUUAGACUGUAGAUAAUAGAAGCUUUUGCGUUGUUUUAACAACUGACUGUAAUAAAGCUGUCAAAUGCUUUUUGCCAUUAUUAUCUCCACUGAAAGUCUGCACCACUGCCUUUUCUUUUCCCUUGUGUGUCAUACAAUGUGUGUAUAUAGGACAGUAUUCAAUGUGAAAUGUCACAUCUUUUGAUUGUAGUUGUGUUUCUUUUUUCUUUUUUAAACUAAUUUUCAGUGUGGGUGAUGCCAAUACUGAGAAACAGUUGCCAGAGAUUGAGCAAAUAAAACCUCUAGGAGAUGAAAAGUUCUAACACAACCUUAUAUCAAAUAAAAUGUGCCUUGUCCCUGUUACUAACACACAGAGAGGCUACAAGCUGUACUUUAUAAAAAGUUUGUGUCUUUCCAAUUUUUAAAAAAACUAUGAGUUAAUCUGUUUGUUUGUGUCUAUUUCUCAUUUCUCUUUAAUCUCUAUGGUCUACUGUGUUUCCACAUGUAAUUUCUCUCUCUCAUCUCCUAAACAAAACUGUAUUUUAAGUAUUUUAUUCUCCAUCUGGCAAAUGAAUUUGCUUUGUUUUUCUGUAUAUCACUGAUAUAUUCUUUAUCACUACUGGCCACAGAUAUGAACCAUAUGCAUGCAGCACUGCUUGUUUUAAUUCAGUCCAUUGGUGCUUAAAGCAUAUUUUUAACUGUUUACCUCCAGCACAAGACGCAAAGUACAUUUUACAUCUUCACUGCUAUGUGUGAAAUGUCUGUAAUGUUGCUAUGAAUUUUACAUUUCCUAUUUAUACUUGUUUUAUGUUUGUGUGCGCUGUUAAUUGUUUCUCUCCAUUUUGAAGAAAACUUUUGACUGUUACUGCCAUUUUAGCAUUUAUUCUUUCCAUUCAUGUAUAACUGUUGCCAGCACAGCACAACUAUUAAAUAACAGCAGGAGUGAAAGCCUAAACAUGUGAUGAUGACUAAUGAUCUCUUACUCUCACUUGAAAUAAAGCUAUUAUUUCUGCUUU